AUGCCCACUCGCCGGCCGAACCAGCCAUACAAACGACUCGGAAAAGAUGGGAGAACCUCCUAUGGCCCACGGACACAAAGAAGAGACCCCAUAUCACUCGGGUCCCUGAGACGCGGAGAGGAAACAUCGCAGAACGACAAAUUUGAGUCAAUCCGACUUGCACACUCAAUAGACGAAACCUUCGGAUUUGCCAGAUAUGAUGCCGGACGCAAAAAGGAAGGAUGGCUGUGUAACUUCCACAGCACCACCAUACAAGAUGACAACGUCCCCGGAGGUCGAGCUGCAGUGGACUUCUACUUCAUCGAGGAGGAUGGAAACACCUUCAAGGCAACUAUGGAGUACGAUCCGUAUUUUCUGAUCGCAAUUCGCCGAGGAAGAGAAGGUGAAGUGGAGGAAUGGUGCCGGCGGGCAUUGGAUGGGGCACUCAAGGAUGUGAAGCGCGUGGAAAAGGAGGAUUUGCAGAUGCCAAAUCACCUCCUUGGGUAUCGCCGAGUUCUCCUCAAGCUCUCUUUCGCAAACGUCUCCGACCUUCUCACGUCGCGGAAGAUCCUGAUGCCAAUCGCCGAGAAGAACAAGAAAAGAAUGAACGCGAUGGACACCUACGCGGAGGUGGCCAAUGCCAAUGCGGGAUUCGAUAUAUUUGAUGAUGAGAAUGCUUAUGAAACACGAAAUAACGGCGUAAUUGACGCCAGCGACUUCAUAGUGGACAUCCGGGAAUAUGAUGUUCCUUACCAUGUUCGAGUGGCUAUUGAUCUCGACACAGAUGUUCGGGUAGGAAAGUGGUAUACGGUCGAGGCCAAGCAUGGAGUUGUAUCAAUGAAAUGCUUGGAGGAACGACUGCAGCGUGCCGAUCCGGUCAUCAUGGCCUUCGAUAUCGAAACGACCAAACUGCCCCUGAAAUUCCCCGAUGCCGCUAUCGACCAAAUUAUGAUGAUAUCGUACAUGAUCGAUGGGCAAGGAUUCCUUAUAACGAACCGCGAAAUUGUUUCGGAGGAUAUUUCUGACUUUGACUACACCCCGAAGCCCGAAUAUGACGGCCCCUUCAUGAUCUUCAACGAGCCCGAUGAGAGAGCGCUGCUCCAGAGAUUCUUCGAGCAUAUCAAGGAGGCGAAACCCACGGUCAUCGUCACGUACAACGGUGAUUUCUUCGAUUGGCCGUUCGUCGAAGCGCGAGCAAGCGUGAAUGGGAUGGAUAUGUUCCAAGAGAUCGGUUUCAGGAAGAAUAAUGAGGAGAUCUACCAUUCCGACUAUUGUGCCCAUAUGGACGCAUUUGCGUGGGUCAAUCGAGACAGCUACCUUCCCCAGGGCAGUAGAGGCCUGAAGGCGGUCACUGUCGCUAAGCUUGGUUAUGAUCCCGACGAAUUGGAUCCAGAACUAAUGACACCAUACGCAAGCGAGCGACCUCAAACCCUCGCUGAGUACUCAGUAUCUGAUGCAGUUGCCACCUAUUACCUUUACAUGAAAUAUGUGCACCCCUUUGUCUACUCUCUUUGCACGAUAAUCCCCUUGGGACCCGACGAUGUGCUUAGGAAGGGCACGGGGACACUUUGCGAGAUGUUGCUGAUGGUUCAAGCCUACGAAAAAGGGAUCCUCCUGCCGAACAAGCACAAACCACCGAACGAGUCAUUUUGGAACGGGCAUUUGCUCGAAUCCGAAACAUACGUUGGUGGCCAUGUCGAAAGUAUCGAAGCAGGCGUCUUCCGGAGUGACAUUCCUUGCAACUUCGCCAUUGACACUGCGGCAAUCGAUGAGCUGCUGCUGGAUCUUGACGCCGCCUUGACGUUCAGCAUCGUUGUUGAGGAGAAAAAAGCUUUAGAAGAUGUUGCAAACUAUGAGGAGGUGAAGCAACAGAUCAGGGAGAAGCUUCUUGAACUCAAGGAAACCCCGAACCGGCACGAAAGGCCAUCGAUAUACCAUCUUGACGUCGCUUCUAUGUACCCGAAUAUCAUGACAACGAAUCGUUUGCAACCCGAUUCGAUGAUCAAGGAGUCUGAUUGCGCUGCAUGCGACUUCAACCGGCCUGGGAAGACCUGUGAUCGACGGAUGCCAUGGUCAUGGCGAGGAGAAUUCCUACCUGCGAAGCGGGAUGAAUACAACAUGAUUCGACACGCACUGGAGAACGAAAGAUUUCCGGGCAAAUACCCGAACAACCCACUGCAGACAUUUCACGAACUGCCAGAACCGGAACAAGCCGCGCAUGUGAAGAAGCGACUGACGGACUACAGCAAGAAGAUCUACCAUAAGAUCCACGCAACUGAAACUAUCGAACGUGAAGCUAUCAUUUGCCAGCGAGAGAACCCAUUCUACGUGGACACUGUGAAGAUGUUCCGAGAUCGACGUUACGACUUCAAAGGCAAGCAAAAGGUCUGGAAAGGCAAGACGGAUGCCCUCAAGUCGUCCGGCGCAUCUGCUGCUGAGGUGGACGAAGCGAAGAAAAUGAUCAUCCUGUUCGACUCCCUGCAACUGGCCCACAAGGUCAUUCUUAACAGCUUCUACGGCUACGUCAUGCGAAAGGGUUCUCGAUGGUACUCAAUGGAGAUGGCGGGAGUUACGUGUCUUACCGGAGCUCAUAUCAUUCAAAUGGCGCGUACGUUGGUCGAGCGGAUUGGCCGUCCACUUGAACUCGACACCGACGGUAUCUGGUGUAUUCUUCCUGCGACUUUCCCGGAGAACUUCGCUUUCAAACUAAGGAACGGCAAGAAGUUGGCGAUAUCCUAUCCAUGUGUCAUGCUGAAUCACCUUGUGCACGCGAAGUUCACAAAUGAUCAGUAUCAGGAGUUGAAGGACCCGGGAACGUUCCGUUAUGAGACGCAUAGCGAGAACUCGAUCUUCUUCGAGGUGGAUGGCCCGUACAAAGCAAUGAUGCUUCCGACAUCGAAGGAGGAGGACAAGAACUUGAAGAAGCGAUACGCCGUGUUCAAUCACGAUGGCACCUUGGCGGAACUGAAAGGGUUUGAGGUCAAACGCCGUGGCGAGCUGAAAUUGAUCAAAAUUUUCCAGACGCAGAUCUUCAAGUUCUUCUUGGAAGGAUCGACGCUCGCCGAAUGCUACGGAGCCGUGGCACAGGUCGCGAACCGAUGGCUGGAUGUCCUGGAUCAGUGUGGAUCGACUUUGGCGGACGAGGAGCUCAUCGAUCUGAUUUGCGAAAACAAGAACAUGGCCAAAGCCUUGGACGAAUAUGGCGCGCAAAAAUCGACCGCCAUCACCACAGCCAAGCGACUAGCCGAGUUCCUAGGAGAGCAGAUGGUGAAGGACAAAGGUCUCAACUGCAAAUACGUUAUCUCCUCAAGGCCGAAGCACGCCCCUGUUACCGAGCGAGCCAUUCCAGUGGCCAUCUUCUCGUCAGAGCCGCAGACGAAACGCUUCUACCUUCGUAAAUGGCUCCGAGAAGACCCGAAGGACAUGGACCCACGAACGAUCAUCGACUGGGACUACUACCGUGACCGUCUCGGAUCGGUCAUCCAAAAGCUCAUCACCAUUCCCGCGGCGCUACAGAAAGUCAAAAACCCCGUGCCCCGUGUACCGCAUCCGGAAUGGUUAGAUCGCCGCAUCCGCAACAAGGAGGAUGUCCUCAAGCAGAAGAAGAUGACGGACAUGUUCGACGCGGCCAAGAAACCAUUGGAUGACGCGGAUAUCAACACCCUGCAGAACCGAGUGGUGGAUCUCGAGGACUUUGGGUCGACGCCGGUGGCCAAAACGAAGAAAGCCAUCGCGACCAGGAUGGUUCAGAAGCGGAAAGCCCCUGAGCCUGCCGUGCCCGUGCAGGCCGAUCCGUUUGCUGCGUUGCCUCCAGUCAUGCCGUCGAUCACGAAGGAUUACGAAGGAUGGCUUCGAUACCAGAAACAAAAGUGGAAGAUCCAGAAGCAAGCGAGACUUCGACGGCGUCAGUUGUUCGGCGAUCGGCGCACAGAUCCAACUGAUGCCAUUGGAAGCUACUUUAGGAAUCAAUCGGAGAUGCUGUAUAUCCAGAACUGGCAGCUUGUGCAGCUCCAGGAGACUGACAUACCUGGAGAAGUGCGGGCAUUCGUGCUGAUUGACAAGAAGAUCCACUCGUUGAAGGUCAUUGUCCCCCGAAUUGUCUUCCUGAAUCUAAAGGGAAGCGAACUUCCUGACGUUGAGAUUGAAGGUUGUGACGUGGAGAAGGUCGUUGGCUUUACUCUACCCAACAGCCACCCCUCUGUUCAUCUUUUCAAGCUCACAAUGCCCGAAACGGUGUACCUUCGAGAGUCCAAGCAACUUUCCAUCCUCUUCAACCAUCCUAGUGUCGAAGGUGUGUACGAGCGACAGCUGCCCUUGAACAUGCGAGCAGUUCUCGAGUUAGGGAGUGUCUGCACCUUUGAUGAAACCCAACGAGGCGUUCUGGGGAAGGGGUUGGAGCAGGGCUUCGAUCUCAGUGCAUUGCGGCAGGUGGCAAAGCCGGAUCCGUAUCUCGCUCAAGCACAGCUGAAAUUCCUUUACCUCUAUCAUGUCAGUGUCGGGGAUCGGCAGGUGUUUGCCAUCUGCUCCAGUACCGGCACGCAGGGACACAUCAUCAUCCUCAAUCGAGGACGUGACACUCAGAGUCUACCGAAUGUCGACAAGCUUUAUAAAGAUGCGUACUCUAAACGAGUCACUGAAAGUGCCGAGGAUCAGUCAUGGCAGCAGUGCUUCGAGUACCAGACCGACAUGCACUUCAAGACCACCCAAGUGACGACGAAAAGGAAGGCAUACCUAGAACUCGGCGACGCAAUGAAGAAGAUGCGGAACGACGAAAAGGAAGGGAGCUUCAUCCUUGUCGUGCAGAGCCAGCACCACCGACUUCUUCCUCACGUCGUGCCGAUCAUGAAGGAGUUCCCUAAUCUUCCGUUGAAGUUCGAUGAGUCGGACAAAAACCUUCCGCCCCUGGGCUGGCAGACCUUCGUUGCGAAGCGGCUGGUCACGCACUACCUCACCCUUGGUGCGUGGGUAUCGCACCUCAUCGAGCUCGCCCGAUACGGAAACGUUCCGCUAUGUAACAUGGAAGGGCAUGACCCUCGCUUCCUGAUCGAUGUGGCGUAUGCUCGACGUCUACUCAAAGAGCGGGUUGUCUUGUGGUGGUCCACCGGGUCAAAACCUGAUCAUGCUGGCUACGAGAAAGACGACAUUGUCGGGCCGCUGGAGACGGUUGAGAUGCCCGAGGUCAACAACCCGGGGACGUAUUCUUCCGUCUGCAUCGACUUGAGCCUACGAAACCUUGCGAUCAACACCAUUCUAGCGUCCUCGCUGGUGAAUGACGCGGAAGGGGCCGACUCGUUCUCGUUCAACCCUGCCGCUCCUUCGGAUAAGAAUAUCGCCGACGACGGCCACGUCAUCUACAGUGACAAUGCGUUCGCGACGACUGGAAUCGUUGUGCUUCGCGAGAUGGUGAAGGCGUGGUGGUCCGAAGCAUGUCGCGACGGCGGACAGAUGGCCGACGUCAUGGUCCAGCACCUCGUCCGAUGGGUGGAGUCGCCGGGUUCGUUCCUCUACGACCGCGCCUUGCACUACUACGUCCAGAUGAUGUCCCGGAAAGCGCUUCAGCAGCUCAUCAGCGACUUCCGUCGGGUUGGAUCACAGGUCGUGUUCGCCAGCCCUCAUCGACUGCUCCUGCAGACCAGUAAGAGCGAGGUUGGCAACGCCUUUGCCUACACGCAGUAUAUCCUCAAGACCGUGCAGUCGAAACCGCUCUUCAGUUUUGUUCAGCUCGACAUCCAAGAGUACUGGGACUACCUCGUCUGGUACGAUGACUACAACUUCGGCGGCAUUGGCUGCAAAGAGGUCGUCGCGGAGGCCGAACAACAAUUGGAGACCGUGAUGCAUUGGCAACUUGCCUCUGUCCUUCCUCAGCACCUUCAAGAUGUUUUCCGCGACUGGGUGAUCCAGUUCAUCGAUCUCAUGCAUGGACGCAAGCGGCCCACGGUAUCAGGAGAAGGGGAAAGCGAAACGCUGCGAGUCACGCAACUCCCAGUCCGAAGCUUGACCCAAGAUACCGCAGUCAUAACAUCCGUCCUCCCCAAGUCCUUCACCAAGGCUCUCACCAAGCGAAUCGCAGGCCACGUCCGUCGCCAGGUCGCCGAGCUCCUGCAUCCUGACCUUGCCUCGGACUAUGCCAUGCCCUCCCUCCCCGGCGCCCAUCUCUCCUCCGCCGCCAACAACAACCCUGUCCUCCAGCUCAUCAAGUCGCUCAUGCAAGUCCUCUCCCUUGACCGCGAGAUCUCCCUCGAGGCGCGCAUGCUCCGCAAAGAACUCCUUUCCCUCUGCGAGGUCCGCGAAUUCGCCUCCGAAGCCCGCUGGCGGAACCCUAGCGCGAAAUGCCCCGUCGAGAUGACGUGCGAGGAGUGCGGCGCGCCGAAGUCCGUCGACCUCUGUCGGGAUGCGUCGGCGCUGGUGUUCGACGUGGACGGGGACGGCGAGGGCGGGUCGCGGAGAGGCGUGCAGCCGCUUCCGAAGUGGCGGUGUGAUUGCGAUGCAGAGUUCGAUCGGUUGCGGGUGGAGGAGUCGUUGGUGGCGGAGGUGCAGGCGAUGGUGGUACGGUGGUGUACACAGGAUCUCAAGUGCGCGAAGUGUGCGCGGAUCCGGAAGAAUGAGUUUAUGGAGCAUUGUGCUUGUGCUGGGGAGUGGGUGGGGACGGUGAGUAGGGAGAAGCUGGGGGAGAGAAUGCGGGUGCUGAGGGAGGUGGCGCGGUGGUAUGGGCUGGAGAUGCUCGAUGCUGCGGUGGCGGAGGCCGGCGAUGGGUUCUGA